UUAUCGCGUUAUAGCAGAACUGACUGCACACUUUAUAAUCUUAAUUUACUGUACGAAAAGACAGUACAGUACUCAACUUUAGUUAGGCAAUUCAUCCUCUGAAUAUGCAGAGCCCAACUCGACCAGCUCAUCAUCCACAUCAUUGCCCAAAUUGGCGCCCUAUACUUGAAGCCCAAAUUUCCUCACUGCAGUGUUUCCAGCACUUUGAUUUUCUGCUCCAGUGUAAUUGCUUGCCUUGAUUUCUUGGUCUUUGGGGUAGUUAAUGAUGUAGUAGCUGGCCUCUUGGACAUAGUGGCGAUGGUUGAUGCACGUGGUAGAAGAUAAUGUCACACAAUAUGCAGUGGUGAGCACGGUCCCGCUAACCGCUAAUUAGCGAAGCUAACUUUCUCGUUAGCGGAUUAGCGUUUUCGCUAACUUUGGAACCAUUAGCGGACCAAUUAGCUUCCGCUAAAUUUAGUUACGCUAACUUUAAGUCCACUAACAAAAUUUUUACAUGUUCGUUCCUGUCUGUUGUAAGCAUGUGACUCCGUGACGCGUGUCUCCAACAGCUAGUCAGGCACGCUUGGUUGACUGCGUGUUAGUACGUGUAAACGUGACAAGAUAUGAUCUGUCGACGCCGCGCUGCAGCAGCUGAGCAGCAUUGUGUAAUUCCGCAGUUCUGAGUUCAGUUCACUUAUGACGUUGUCACGUUACAGACAGUCUAAGCAGUCUUACAGUGUCAGUGACAGCAGCGUACGUUAUCGCUUAUUGUUAUGGAAGGUGAAGACGUUUUUGUUCCGCCUGACGAUGCUGGGCCAGGUGGGCCUGUUGACCGUGUUGAGGAGCCUGCAGUGGCUGUGAGUGAGACCGCUCAGGCUGAGGGCCAGGCCCAGGAGUCUCAGAGCCCGUGGCCCCACCUGGAUGACUACUUUGUCCUUAAGUCAAGGGAUAAGAGGAACGCCAACAUCUUGUACUUCCAGUGCGUCAUAUGCCAGCCCAAGGAGACUACCAUCAAGGGACAGGCGACAAGCCUCUACAACUUGAAGUCGCAUGUCAAGAGGAAACACCCAGCGCACGCCAUCCAGUUUGAGGAGAGGAUCAAGGCUGGCUCUUCCCGUGGGAAACACAGGCAGUCUUCUGGUAGCGGUGCCAGUAGCAGAAGCAGCAGUCAGUCGUUGCAGCCACCUGCAAAGAAACCACGCCAGCCCACCAUUGACGAGGCGUUUGGCCAAUCAGCUGCUGGCACUGGCGUCCGUCAGUCUGUGGUGGACAAAAGGAUUGUGGACCUGUUCGUCUGCAACAUGCUACCGCUGCAUGUAGUGGAGUCCCCAACCUUUGUCAGCCUGAUCAAGACGCUGAACCCCAGCAAGACGUCGAUGUCCCGCCGCACCCUGGGCAGGAGGAUCUUGGCCAGCCAUAAACAGCUGGAGGAGUAUCUUAGAAGUCCCAGGAGAGCAGGAGCCACAGGUCACUGAAGUCCAAGGCACAGAACUUGGUGAAGACCUGGCUGGAGGCCGGCUCGAAGGAGGUCCUGACUGACGUCGCCUUCUUGGGUGAGCAUGUCUUGAUCGACCUGUUCAACAAGUAUAGCACCGCCAUCCCAUCCAGUGCUGCACUUGAGCGCCUAUUCUCUAUAGGCAAAGAUAUCUUGAGGGCCAAGAGAGCCACCCUGUCAGAUGGCAACUUUGAGAGGCUGAUGUUUAUGAAGAGCAACCAGCAUCACGUCGAGGCGAUGGAGAAGGCCCAGCCACUGCAGCCGGAGUGAAUGGAAUUUUUCGAUUAUUAAAGUUUAAUACUUUUUUUUUUUACAGUAAAUAAAGACUGUCAGUGUAUGUUGAAAGAAUC